CAAUAUAAAUGAUUUAUUUAUUUAUUUGUUUGUUUAUUUAUCUGUGACUGUGUUUUUAUUUUCCCAGGAUGCAUUGCUGCAGUUGGCCUCCAUUGUUGACGUCAACAGCCUUCAGACGACCAUCAAAGAUGUGCUCAGAGUCGUCCUGCCAGACAUGGAGUGUGUGUUCGUGUACCUGUUGGAGGCGGAGUCUCGGCUGCGAUGUCAGGAUCCGCCCCAUGAGGUGCAGUCAGAGGGCAAGCUCAGAGACGCGGUGAAGCAGCAGAAGAGACUGCAGUGCUCCGGCCUGCCGUCUGCAGAACUCCACCAGAACCAAACCGGCUCGCUGACCGCACCGCUGCCGGCCCACAAACGAGCGCUCAUCAUUCCUCUGGUGGACCGUGAUGAAGGGAAGGUGAUCUCUCUGAUUUUGCUCUGCUGUAAACCACUGACAGAACAAGAUGAACAAAACCUCAACAUCCUGGAGAAACAUCUCACUGUGGCCUGUAAGCGAGUCAGAGACAUUCAGAGAUGCUCCAAACGGCCACAUGCUCAAUCCCACAAUGCACCAGCGAAGCCCAAACCCCACACAGACUACAGAGAGCUCGACCAUAAGAUCCUACGGCUGUGUGGUGAGCUGUACGAUCUGGACGCCGCCUCCCUGCAGCUGAAAGUCAUCAAUUAUCUGCAGACAGAAACUCAGUCGCAGUGCUGCUGUUUACUGCUGGUGUCUGAAGACAAUCACCAACUCUUCUGUCAGGUUGUCGGAGAUAAAGUUUUGGAAGAGGAAAUCAGUUUUCCACUUAUGUUCGGUCGGUUCGGGCAGGUGGUGGAGACAAAGAAAUCCAUUACACUGCAGGACGUCAGCCAGGAGGAACGCGGGUUAUUGAGCAGUUUGUUGGGGUUCGAGCCGAACUCGAUGCUCUGUGUUCCUGUCAUCAGUCAAGCCACUGGACAGGUGGUGGCGCUAGCGUGUACCUUCAACAAACUGAGUGGACAGAGGUACAUGGAGGCGGAUGAGCACGUGAUCCAGCACUGUUUCUGUUACACAUCGACGGUUCUCACCAGCACACUAGCCUUCCAGAAAGAGCAGAAACUCAAGUUUGAGUGUCAGGCUCUGCUGCAAGUGGCUAAAAACCUCUUCACGCACCUCGAUGACGUGUCUGUAUUACUGCAGGAGAUCAUCAUAGAGGCCAGAAACCUGAGCAACGCUGAGAUUUGUUCUGUGUUCCUGCUGGAUCACUUCAGUCAUGAGCUCGUGGCCAAAGUGUUUGAUGGAGGAGUCGUGAACGAUGACGAGAAGGAGUUUCGUAUCCCGGCGGAUCAGGGCAUCGCUGGUCACGUGGCCACCACUGGGAAAAUCCUCAACAUCAAGGAUGCGUAUUCCCACCCUCUGUUUUACCGCGGUGUGGACGACAGCACGGGCUUCAGGACGAGAAACAUCCUCUGCUUCCCCAUCAAAGAUGAGAACGAAGAAGUGAUCGGUGUGGCAGAACUGGUGAAUAAAACCAACGGGCCGUGGUUCAAUCGUUUCGAUGAGGAUCUGGCAACCGCGUUCUCCAUCUACUGCGGCAUCAGCAUCGCUCAUGUAAGAGUUUCUGCAGCAUCCCUCGAUCACUCAACACAAUAUUACAGUGACAACAACUUAAAACUUUAUAGAAAUCUCUCUCUCUCUCUCUCUCUCUGUCUCUCUCUCUCUCUCUCUCAGGGUGUUCUGAGCAUGCUUGAAGACAUGGGCUUCAUCAACACCUAUAAGAUCGACCUGCACACGCUAGCCAGGUUUUGUCUGAUGGUGAAGAAGGGCUACAGAGACCCUCCGUAUCACAACUGGAUGCACGCUUUCUCCGUCUCACACUUCUGCUACCUGCUUUACAAGAACCUACAACUGUCCAACUACCUCGAAGAUAUAGAGAUUCUGGCGCUCUUCGUGUCCUGCAUGUGUCAUGAUCUGGAUCAUCGAGGAACCAACAACUCCUUUCAGGUGGACUCGCAAUCCGUCCUGGCAGCCCUUUACAGUUCAGAGGGAUCUGUGAUGGAGAGACAUCACUUCGCUCAGGCCAUCGCCAUCCUCAACACACACGGCUGCAACAUCUUUGAGAAGUUCUCUAGAAAGGACUAUCAGCGGAUGCUGGAUCUGAUGAGAGACAUCAUCCUGGCCACAGAUCUGGCUCAUCACCUGAGGAUCUUCAGGGACCUGCAGAAGAUGGCUGAAGCUGGUUAUAACCCGAGGAGUCAAACCCAUCGCAGUCUGCUGCUGUGUCUCCUCAUGACCUCCUGUGACCUCUCAGACCAGACCAAGGGCUGGAAAACCACCAGGAAGAUCGCGGAGCUGAUCUAUAAAGAGUUCUUCUCUCAGGGGGAUCUGGAGAAGGCGAUGGGAAACAGACCCAGUGAGAUGAUGGACCGUGAGAAAGCCUACAUCCCUGAACUCCAGAUCAGCUUCAUGGAGCACAUCGCCAUGCCAAUAUACAAGCUCCUGCAGGAGAUUUUCCCGCGUUCGGCCGAGCUUUACGAGCGAGUGGCUGCCAACCGCGAGCAGUGGGCCAAAGUCUCGCACAAGUUCACCAUCCGCGGACUGCCGAGCAACAACUCGCUGGACUUUCUGGACGAGGAGUUCGAGCUGCUGCAGUCUCAGGGCGCCUUCGGAGACGAUUCGCACCGCAUGAACGGUUGCCUGGACGACGACUGUGACAAACACAACCAAUGACGUCGCUAGGGCAAAGGUCACCUGACGGAUUCCGUCUUGGUAAAAUUCCGUAGUUACCGACGAGGCUUUGAGGAAAGGUUAAUUGUCACCUUUUUGCCGUUGCUAUGGAGAGGGGUUUUGCUCAAUGAAGAACGAUGGAUGGUGUUGCGCAGUCGGCGGAGUGUGUAAUGUUGCGCAAACAUUUGGACUGAAAAAAGUUAUAUUAUCAGUGGCCCUGUUGUAAUAGCUAAACAUAUUUUAUUCUAAAUGAAACAACUAAACAACUAAUUGUAUGAAACGUAACAAGUCCAGCAGCCCAGUGUUACAUUUUUAAAAGCUGUAACAAAUACAGGUGUCUAGUGUUACGUUUAGAACUUGUAACAAUUCCAGCUGCCUGUUGUUACAGUGUUACAUUUUUUUUUACAACUCAUAACAAUUCCAGCUGCAUGGUGUUACAUUUUUAAAGCUUGUAACAGUGUAACACCUGCUGCUGGAAUAGUUACAUUUUUAACACUUUGUAAACAUUCCAGAAGCCUGGUGUUACACUUUUAGAACUUGUAACAAUCACAGCUGCCUGGUGUUACAGUGUUACAUUUUUGAAACUUGUGACAAUUCCAGCAGCCCGGUAUUACAUUUUUAAAACUCAUAACAAUUCCAGAUACCCAGUGCUACAUUUUUUAAACUUGUAAUAAUUCCAGAUGCCUGGUGUUAUAUUUUUUGCAACUUUUAACAGUGUAACACCAGCUGCUGGAAUUGUUACGUUUUUAACACUUUGUAGCAAUUUCAGCAGCCUGGUAUUACACUUUUAGAACUUGUAAUAAUUCCAGCUGCCUGGCGUUAUAUUUUUAAGGACACCUUAAAAUAAAGUGUUACCUGUUACACGUAAGUACAUGUAGUUAAUUAA